GAGCCAUGCUGUGGGCCAGGUGGCUGGUCCUGCUGCUCUGCUGGGGGGCUACAACCGGCGAGCAGCCCCCGGAGGAGAGGGCGGGAGCGCUGGCUGACGCCCGGCCGGACUCCCGCAGGCAGCGCUCCCCUCCGCCGGUGGAGCCGCUGGACUUUGGCUUCGUCCCGUCGGCGGUCUAUGAUACACAUGCCUACUACGAACCGGGGACCGUGGGGAUCCUUUUCCACAUGGUCCACGCGUUUCUAUACGUGGUUCAGCCGAACUACUUCCCCAAAGAUCUCAUUGUUCAGGUCAUUCAGCAGAACAUGGGUGGAAUCAAAAUAGAGGAAUGGAGAAAGCCAGAAAAUGUGGUCCUGUUGCUGCAGUGGCUCCACUACGAGGCCGGGUUCCUCGUAUGCACGACCUUCGGCAUCGUGUUCGUGGUGCUCACUCCCAUCAUCGCCAUGUGCUUCUGUGUGUGCCGCUGCUGCGAGAACUGCGGAGGGGAGAUGCAUCAGAGGCAGAGGAAGAACGCCGACUGCCACCGCGGUUUCUACACCGCCUCACUCAUCGCCACCUCCAUCUUCAUCAUUUUGGGAGUUCUCAUCGCCUACGCAGCGAAUCACAACAUGAGCACCCAGAUCAAGAGCACUCGACGGCUCAUUAACACCAACAUGAGAGACCUCAAGACCUUCGCUAACAACACACCAGCGCAAAUUGAUUACCUGACAGCCCAGUACACCACUGCAAAGAACAAAGUCCUGUCAGACCUCGACAAUAUCGGACCUUUGUUGGGCGGCAGGAUUCACAGUCAGCUGGAGAAAGAGGUGGUUCCUUCACUGGACUCUGCUCUGCGUAUGGCAGGAGCGAAAAUUGAGAGUGCCAUCAAAGCCAUGCGGGAGACCAAAGAGGCUCUGGAGAACGUCAGCUCCUCGCUGGAGGUGCUUCAGGACGGGAUGGGGAAGCUCCAGGCCAGUCUGUCCGUUGAACGCUCCUCUCUGUCCAACACGCUGUCGGACCCCGCCUGCACCAACGGAGCCGUGUCCCACACCUGCAAUGCCAUCCGCGCCACGUUGUCCCAGCUGGGAAUCAACGCCGACUUCUCCAACCUCCCAGAUGUCAGCCAUGCUUUGACCAAUGUGAACACAGUCCUGAAAACAGACCUCAGCAACAUCGUACAGAAGGGAUACUCGUCCUUUAAUGACACGCCUCGACUGGUUAAAGAUCAAACUAAAAACAUUGUUACAGCUCUGCCUCGAGUGAAAGGCAUGCUGGAUAAGAUCGGCACUGAGAUCAACGGCUUCGCCAAGAUGUUCCCAGUAGAAGCCUCGCUGGCCAAUUUCACUAUUUUCCUCAGUGAGCGACAGAAGAGUAUAGAGGCGUUUUAUCCACAGAUGGACCAGAUGGAUUUCUACAGGUGGAUCGGCUGUGUGGCGGUGCUCUGCAUGGUGGUCCUGGUCCUGGCUUUCAACAUCCUGGGCCUGCUGUGUGGAACUUGUGGCUACGACAAGCAGGCCACACCCACGACCCGAGGCUGCCUGUCAAACACCGGAGGAAACCUGCUGAUGGCGGGCGUCGGCUUCACGUUUAUUUUUGCCUGGGUGCUGAUGGCCAUCGUCACCACCAUGUUUGUUGUCGGUGGCAAUGUGGAGAAGCUGGUGUGUGAGCCUCUGGCUAAUCGGCAGCUAUUCAAGAUCAUAGACACCCCAUUCCUGGUCCACCCGGAGAAAAAGAACUUCCUACCCGGGAUGCUUUUCCAGAAUCCAAAUAUUGACCUGACUUUGGGCAGCAUGUACAGAGAAUGCUAUGACAACAACGGCCUGUAUCACGCUCUGCAGCUGGAGACCAUGUUCAACAUCAACUCCUUCCUCAACAGGACUGUAUACAACAGAGAUCUGGCCAAAGUGUUUGAAAGCGUGCAGGUGGACCUGCAGGACAUCACGCUGCUGGAGCAGGCCGGCAGAGACAACCUCAUUAACUUCGCCAACUCUGGAAUCGGGCACAUAGACUUCGAGGCUUACCUUGCCGAGGUGAACAAAGGAGUCACUCUAGUGGAUCUGCUCUCCUUCUGCAAUGACCUGGAGGCUCAGGCCGACCAGCUGCCGCGCGGCGCUCUGGAGAACGCACUGAAAGGACACGCCAGCAGUAUCAGAAACAUCCACAGAGAGCAGGUGGUGCCUCUGGAGCAAGCAAUGAGUACAAUGAACCAGAGCAUCAAACAGCUGCAGAAGGCAUCCAGCGACCUUCCGGUCAAGGUCACAAAUAUCCUGAGUGCCAUCGAUGCUGCGGAGUACCUCAUCACGAACAAUGCAUCUCAUGUGGUGAAGCAGGAAACAAAGAGCUACGUGCACAACUUGGUUGGCUACUUCAAACAGUACACAGAAUGGGUCAAAAACUCUCUAACUGCAGAAGUGGCCCAGUGUAAACCCAUCAGCAAUAUCGUGGACAGCAUGGAGAUAGUAGCAUGCAGCUUCAUAAUCGACUCAGUGAACACAUUCUGGUUUGGUCUGGGAGCCUGCUGCGUCCUUCUCCUGCCCAGCAUCAUCUUCUCCGUCAAACUGGCCAAGUACUACAGAAGGAUGGACACAGAGGACGUCUUUGAAGACUCCUGCUCUUACCCGUGGCUUGUUGCUCUUUGAUACCGGCCUGCUGUUCACACGUCUUGUCGCCUUCCUCCACAUACGCACUCUGUUUUUGGUACAAGACCCUUCACUUUUGGAUCUUUUCCACUCAUUUCUCACCUCUUUCCAUCUGAAAUCACCAGCAUGGUCUCUG